AUGUCGCAUAAUAGCUUGUCGGGGAGAAUUCCAUCUAGCACUCAACUCCAGUCCUUUGAACCUUCAAGGUACGUCGGAAAUGCAGGAUUAUGUGGACCUCCUCUUACCAAAAAUUGUCCCGGAGAGGUAGUACGACCUGUUGCAAGUAAAAAUGAGAAUGGUGAGGAAGGCAAAGAUGAACUUGAGAGAUGGUUUUAUAUUGGUGCGAGCAUUGGUUUUGGUACUGGAUUUUGGAUAGCAUGUGGCGUUUUACUUGUCAAUCGUCGUGGGCGACAUGCUUUUUUUCCCUUUGUUGAUUUCUGGAAGGAUUGGGUGUACGUGAAGGUGGUGGUGUUCUUUCGAAAAUUGCAAAGGGUUGAACAUGCAUAG